GGUUGGGCGGGGGCGGCUCACUGUACGCGUGGGGUUGCGCGCGCCGCCGCCUCCACGCUUUCCAUACUAGCACGUAUUAACAGCAGUCGGGGGUCGGGACUGACACAAGAUUCGACUGAAGCCUGCUCCACUACGUCCGCGUGUCGGAAUAUCUGACUUUUGCAACAUUCUUGAAACAACAUCAAUUCGCACAAACUCCCUAGCAACGAGUCUACUAUGCAUCGUAUAUAAACUAUGCCAGCGAGGAUGAUGAGUGCUCGCGCUGGGUCGAGCGGUGCUGGGGAGGUGAGCGUUGCCGACAGCCCCCUCGCGACCUUCGAAUCACUGACGCAGGCUGCUAUCAUUGCUGUUAUGGGAGUGGCCAUUGUUGUCUCUAAUCUCCUCAUUAUAGCGGCCUUCCUUAACUUCAAAGGUCUCUCAAACGAAGUGAUUAACUACUACCUCCUCUCGCUGGCCGUGGCGGACUUGCUUUGCGGACUGUUUGUAGUGCCGCUGUCGGUGUACCCCGCCAUAACGGGUCGAUGGAUGUUCGGCGACUUGAUGUGCCGCCUGGCCGGCUAUGUAGAAGUCACGCUUUGGUCCGUUUCAGUCUACACUUUUAUGUGGAUAUCCGUCGACCGAUAUCUUGCCGUCCGAAAACCUCUGCGUUAUGAGACGGUUAGUGCAACGGUGCAAACUCGUACAAGGAGUCAAUGCUGGAUGGUGUUUACUUGGAUAUCAGCUGCAAUGUUGUGCUGUCCGCCUCUGCUUGGUUACAAGAAAGAAGCUAAUUUUGAUACGGAGACGUUCAUUUGCAUGCUCGACUGGAGUACCACGUACGCUUACACAGCUACUUUGGGAAUACUCGUUCUCGGGCCCAGCGUCAUCUCUAUAGUUUAUAACUAUUUUUAUAUAUUUUCCAUGAAACGGAAACUUAACAGUGGUGCGCCAAUUCAUGACAAAGAGUAUGCAACUGCCUUGGCCGAGAACCUCUCCAACCCCAGCCACUGGAUGAGCUUCGUGCUCGUAACUGCUUUUUGGCUUAGUUGGGCUCCUUACGUUGGCGUCAAGCUCUAUGAGUACGUUACGGAUCAAGAGUUAAAGGUACCGAUGUUGCACUUCGGCGUCGUCUGGCUCGGAAUACUCAAUUCCUUUUGGAAAAUUGUUAUUCUGAUUACAUUUAGUCCCCAGUUCCGACUUGCUCUAAGAAUAUUGUGCCUAACAGCGUGUUGCCGGACCAAGGGUCGCUUGCAAGCGGAACUCAUCGGAAUGGACAACGAUGACUAAAUAACAGAGUUUAUCAUCUGUUCGAUGCGCAACUACCACAAAGAACACCAUGGUCAGUGAUACGAAUAAAAUCACGUGUUCACUACGCAAAUAUUGAGGCACAAUAUGUGGUGCUAAAUAUGUUUUGCAACGCUGCAUAACUGUAUGCAUUGUGUUUUGUACCCUACAGCUACUUAAUUCCGUAUUGCACAAUAGCUGUAAACGUGCAGUACUAUUGUGCAGCAUUGUCAAAUAUAUUAUGUAUCGCUUGUUGUCCGUCCAAUGUUGCCUAAUGAAUACUGAGACUUACAAAACAGGAAAAUAAUUCAUGAACACCAUUUUUAUUACUAUCUACUUUUAAAAUAUACUCUCGGUUGUUUACUAUUUACAGUGUAAUUUCACGUACGUGAUAAAAGUUUGAUGUGGUACUUGUGUUAAUUUUAUUGUAUUUGUAAUUUACUACUUUUAAUUAUGUUAGCUAAGCAUAUCACUUUGUAAGAGAUUAGAGUAUAUUAUUGCGUGAAAGAGGUUUAAUAUGAUUUUAGUUUUGCAAACAGUGAAGUAAAAAAAGUAAUUUUUGCAGCAUCUAGUCAUCGCUUAGACUCUUAUUACACUGGCGAAUUGCAAGCGAAUUUACAGCGGAGCUGAGGCGAAGCGAAAUCGCUGCGAAUUCGCAACGGACGCGCAGUGAACAUGCCGCAGGUGCAAGUUCUUCACUUCACUGAUAACAUAUUGUACACUUUCGUACAACCCUUUCCUUUAAUUGAAAUUGAUUAUGAUUAGUGUGUGUGUGUGUGCCUUUACGUCGUUGGUAAGUCUUUUUAAAUCAGCUACAACAACUCGUAAAAUGUAGGUCUUGACAUCUGUAUGUAGGAGCAAGAUUCUUAUUUGUUUGCAAAAAAACAUAGUCGCUCUCUUUCAGUCGAUUCGUUAAAAAUGGAUACUCCCAGAUUCGUUGCCAUAUAUGUUUUUGCAUUCGUUAUAUACGCCUUCUAAUUAACAGCAAUGUUUCCUCGAAGUGACCCAUUCUGUUACUAGAGUGUCCAAAAGGCCUUGCAAGUCCGUAACGUGUUGGCUGCGCGUCUGCUGCGUAUUAGCGUUGAAUGUGCUGCGCCUCCUAUUUCUAUUUUGACGGACAAUAAAGAUUUUCAUACUUAUUAAAUACGCUUGACACUGCGAUAAUGUUAAACAUAUCUUUUGUAUGGUUUAUUGUGGUUUGAUGUCGGUAAUAUUAUUUUUGUCUAAAUUGUUUAUUUAAUGUUUUCUCGACACUGUUGUACAAUGUGAACAAAUUAUGACAUUUUGAAAAAGCGAUCUUAUGCCUCAUGUUAUUUAAAUUCCAGUAAUUUACUAUUAACCACUAUUUAUCAUACCUACGUCACGCCGAUAUUCCAACAUAAGCUGACUGAUUACAUAACUUCAUUCAAAGCAUUUUUUACAGAAGAUAAAUAUCACUUACAAUUAUUUUAUCGUGUACGUCAAAUUGGUUAUUUUUUUUCAGGAAAAAAUACAGUUAUAGUAUUAACUACCAUUUAUAAUUUAAAAGUAAAGCAAAAUUAUAAUAAUUUUCCCUAUAAAAUAUCCCAGAUUGCUUUUUCAAAAAAGUAUCGAAUAACUAUGUAUAUUUUCUAAAAUAAUGUGGAUAAAUAGUUCCAUUAGAAGAAUAAUGUUUCAUAAUCACAUGUAUCAAAAACUAUUUUUUUGCACAUUUGUGCUCUUAUAAUGUACCAUCAAUUAUCUGUAGAUUAAUAUAUAUUUUUUAACUAUUUUCUACGUAUUUUUUGAGUUUUAGCCAUCAAAUAAUGUUUCAUCUGCAUAAAGUACUUACAAUAAUGACACAUAAUCAGAAUGAAUCAUAAUGUUAAGAAAGCGUAAAAUGUUUCUUAUUUCAUUAACAUUUAGUUAUUCUUGGUAAAAUAACAGUUAUAAUGACACAACAUUUUAUCUACGAGUUGUAUAAAAUAUUGUUAACUUAAUUAAAAAGAAAUCGUGGGACGUAAUACAAUUCAAUAUGCGUAGUCAAAUUUUUGGUUCACAAUUUUACUUCAGAUAAUUUGAUUCAAUUUUUCACUGCAUAUCGCACUUCGCAUUAUUAUUGCGUAUUUCUUACACGAACAUCAUAUAAAACAUUAUCCUGACAUUAGCAUUCCGUAGAAUAUUGUUACAUAAUAUGCAGAUACAGGGUGAACAUUUUGUUCAAAUAAUGUCGCAAGUGCUUUUAUAAUAUUUAUAGAGCGGGACGGGCAACGUAUCAUAUAGCGGACACCGCCCUCCCUCCUUGGACGCUCAUAUAUGUGAAAUAUGUGGACAUCAUUGAAAACAAAUAAUGUAAGUGUCAGAUUCUUAAAAACUGCAUUCUCUCAAAUAAAGAUUAAUCACUCUAUCAACUACCUAAUCAUAUACACACCACGGUUAUUCACACUGCAACUAGACUUAACACUCCCCAGAGGUAGCCGACGUGGGGCGAAUGAAAGCAUGACGAUGUCGUACUUCUGCCCCUCUAGAACAUCCCCCCUACACCCAUUCACCAUACCGGCAAAGGACAAUGAAAUCGCACACGAUUGCGAGGCCUUACCCUUCGCCGGUAUUCCCCACUUACAAACAACAAUAUUACACUAAACUGUGACACUUAUCAUCGUAAUCAUAGUAAAACACACGAGAAAGAAAACCUCUAUUGAGUUACUCUAUUUGGUAAAAUAACGUUUCAUGUGCACACACGACACGCUGUAUCUUGAAAGCACGCUAUAUUUUAAAAUAUAUGAUGAUUCAAAAUAAAACCGUAUUAUCCUCCUGUUAUAUUGUAAAAAAAAAUGAUUGAUGCGCGUAUUAUCAGAGUUAUAAGCAAAUAUCUGUGCAAAAAACUUUGAGACGCUCUACUAAAAAGUAGACAUUUUGUAGAUGUACAGUUAUUCUUCUAAUGGGACGAAAUAUCUUUAUUAGUGCGUAGAUUUUUCAAUAGAACUUGCAGGCAAUGCAAACAAUUGAAAAUCUAUUUUUAUGAAUCCCACAUGUCUAACAUCUUUGCCGAAACCUUAUGGAAGCCUGUGGCGCAAAUUUUGUAAAUAAUUUCUUCACAGUGUCUGUAACAUCUAUUGAAAAAUACUGUAGGAAUUUAGCUAUGUCUUUAUUAUACAUAGAUUGUAACGAAAUCCGUGCUUAAAUUUGAUAAAAUGACUCACUAAAUGCGAAAGAACAAAAAGAUAUUAUCGUGCCUUCAUAAGUUUGUAUUUUUUUAGUUAUAGAGCAACGCACCACAGCGGUGUGAUGAGAUAUUAUCUAGUCGCGUAUUGUCGGGUAGCUUCCACCUAGUGCGGUGUCGUCUUUGAAGUUAAAUUAGUACGAAGCACGGUCGCAGAGUUACAAUUUUCAUUCUUACGUUUUUCGAUAGAUAAACUCACAAGUGAAACAGUACUCUAAACUUUGUUUUUAAUAAUCACUUUAGAUUCAAUUAAAGUUUCAAAGAAAAUUAAAUCGCGCGAUUUUCGUCUCAAUAACGAGAUGUGCUACGCAGAACAAAAAAAAGAUAAAUAACAUAACGUAGAAAAAUACAUAGUACGCAUUUUUAGUUGAUUAAGAUCCUCCCCUAGCACAACAGAGACCUAACCGUAUCUUUAAAAGCUAUUUAUUUGACAUUUUUAAUACAAUAUAUUAUAGAAAGUAACAUUAUAAAUGUUAUCCUUACUUUGGUUGUCUCGAAUUUUUAGAUAAAUGCAGACAUUGUUUCGUUAAUUCAUAAUAAAUAUCAGUGAAAUAGUUAAUUAGGUACGUGACUUCCAUGAUUGUAACCAACAAAUUAGAUACAAAUUUAAUAAUGAAUAAUGAGUAAAAUGUCGUCUUAAAUUUUCAUAAAGACCAAAAAUAUAUUUUUAAAGAAAUUAUUAGUAAAUUGCAUAUUCCCUCCCGUAACACCUGUGUCGCCAAGUAUGAAACAAAUUGCUCAGGCCUGUUUGCGCGGGGAGGACACUUAGGUAUUUCGUCAAAAAAAUAUAAUAUAUCUAUCUAUACUAUAUAGCCUAUAAAUUUUAAACUGACAUGAAAAUAUAAAUCUUUCAAUGAACAAUAUGUUAUAACAUAUACUUUUAAUUCAUUGCGUGAUUUUGUUCUAGAUCCCUCAAUGAGUAAAAGAGCAUACUCUGUAUUGUAGAUUUCGUAGAAAUAAAAAAAAAUGUAUUAUACUGGCGAAAUAUUAGGCUUUAUAUAACUGACUAUUUUAUUCUGUUGUACAUCAAAUCUUUUAGAUAAUGUUAUCUAUUUAUAAUAAUAAUACGUCGAUUUCGCUGUUGAAAGGUAAGAGUAAUAGUGAUGUUGAUUUUUACAGGAAAACUAUUUUUAUAAGUAGGUGUAUAGGGUCUAAUGCAACUUUUUUUCAGGGUGCGUAAUAUGACUGAGUUUACAUUUAUUUUCAUCUGACCAAAAGAAGUUACAAUAUAUGAUAUUAUUAUAUUAUGUAAGGAAUUAAGGGCUUAAUUUAAGAGUUAUCGUUACGUAUUAUUGUUUUGUUUAACCAUGUUUAACCAUGUCCAUUUGACAGCAUCUUUGCAAGAUGUUUAAGCGUACAAAAGGUUUUGCCGAUCUUAUCAUAACUGCCAAAUUAUGAAUUUUCUGGAGCAUUAAGACAGGUCAUAUACACAAAUUUGUUCAUAUACGGAUUGUUGUUUACGAACUCCCUGGUUCACAAAAUAUCCAAACAGAAACAAAUUUGCCUAAUUUUAAACACGUGCAACGGUCUCUGGUACUGUCGCAUUGUAUAUGGUUAGUCACUAAAUCCGUUAGGCACUUCUAUUACUUUUUACUUGUUUUGUUAUGUAACUAUCGAAAUGUUAAUGGAAACGCACAUUUGGCAAGUAUACACCUACUCCCUUUUAUUGUGGUGACCAGCGAAGAAUAUUUUAACAUAAUACAUAUUUUAUUCUCAAAUUAAAGGCUGUGCUUAGAUAAUUUUCACAUAGAAAAGUUAAUAGAUACAAAUUUUAGGGGACACAGAGCAAACUAGAGUUAUAAAACUAUUUUAUUAAAUAAAAUUAAUACUAUUUUUUGUAAUCUAGUUACUCAUAUGUAAUAGGUAUACACGUAGUGCCGAUAGUUUAAAUUUGCAUUGUUGCAAGGGCAUCGCCAGUCAACUGUAUAAGUGAGGGCAAAGUUCACGUCCCGUGUCUGUGCAGCGGGCGCAUUCCCCCUGUAAUAUGUCGAGGGAAAUGAAUCUGUCUACUUUUACAAUUUAUUAUGGCGUUAGGUACAUUUGCGCGCUCUCAUCAGCCAUUGUCUGUAAUAAAACUGUCAACAUGUAAAGUAGGCCACGGCAUUAAAUUUUUUAGUCAUUUUUUAUAUCUGCCCCGAUUGCCUUAGGUUGACCACGCGACACCCAUGCGCUGUUAUACGUUAUCAUUGGGUAGGAACAUUAGUCGAACUAAUAUGUAAACUGUUGCAAAAUAAUAUUAGACUGUUUUUCUAAUUAUGCUCAUAAAUAGUUUAUUCUUAGUAUUUCCUGUGUUGUACAGAGAAUUUAGGUAAUUUAACUAAUAGUUAAAACACUUUAAGCACAACUAAGUAGUAAUUUUAAAUCUGAGUAUUUUAUAUAGUUUCGCAAACAAUUAUUCAUGGAAAUUCACGUAUACGUAGGGUUUUUUUAUUUUCUAAAAUAAAUGAUUUUCGUGAUACCUACUUUUUAAUGAUGUUUUUGUUUCCGCCGACUUUGUUUCUGCAGGUUUUCUGCAGAAAUGGAGUCCAAUACUUUUUCAGCAUAAAAAUUUGGUAUAACUGAAACCAAAAAUUUGAUUGAUAAGUUGAGCGCAACAAUAGAACAUUGAUAAUUAUUAUUUUAUUAUUAGUUAAUUUAUCAAAAACUAUUGUCAAAUAUUAUGUACCUAGUACUUAUUCCUCUACAUUUGUAUUGAUUAAACCUUGUAAUAUGUAUUACGAUCUCAAUUGAUAGGUAAAUCUGGAAAAUUAGACAAAACUUUCAAUCCAGUGAUUAUAAAACAAUUUUAGUGUAGUUGGCAUCCAAUUGGCAGUUUUAAUAGUUUUAAUUUUGAGUGUAUAUUUCGUAUUCCUACAGAAAAACGUCUUUUUUAAACGAAUUGACACCGGGUCUCAAAUGGAACCAAAAUAUGCGCUGUAAAUGCGUUAUUAAUUGGAUGCGCAAAGAGAGCGCAUGUGUUUUUGAAAAACGUCAUGAGCAUUAACUAAUUACCCUUUUUGUUGACUUGUUUUCACUUCGACUUCGCUCAUUCAUUAUUUGCUAAGUAAAAAGUUUAAUUAACAUGGUUUCAUACAAUUAGAAUCCUUAUUGCGUUAGGGUUGCAUUUAUCGCCAGAUGUAUUGCGAUCAUUAUGCCAUGCCGUGCUGAAUGUUUUUUUCAAUAAUACUUACUUGUGUUUUUAACAUCAACAUUAGUUUAUUUUUUUUUAAUUAUGCAGCAGUGAAUUGUGCGCUGCUCGCAUGUAUUUCAAUUUUAUAGUGUUUACAUACUGUAAUUCGUUUCAUCUUACCUAUACUCUAGCAUAAUGGGUAAUUGGCAAAGAUUAUUAAAUGACCAGGUUUAAAAAUAAUUAUUGUUGUGACUUGAAAAAUGAUCGUUUUGUUUUUCUUUUCAUUAUAAUAAAUUGCCAAUUGCUAUUGUCGUUAUUUACCUAUUAAGUACGUUACGGAAGUUAAGUAAAUAAUUUUACGCGCCAUACUUGCCUGUAUUGUUCGAAAUCAUAAGUACAAACAUAUAGUGAAAUGAAGGAAAAAGUAUUUAAGUACCCUAUUCGUAUUUAACACUAUAUUAUUCCUUGUCCGUACUUAUUACUUUAUAAGCACGCGGCACAUGUUAUUUAACUCAUAGAAUUUAGAAAGAUAUCUUUUAGUUAAAACGAUUUAUAUGUUAGAAAUGCAUUCGGUUUGAUUAUAUGUACGAGUAGAUAAUUUAUAGCGUUUGCUGCAUUUAUCUUUGUUAUAACAGAAGAAACAGAUAUCUUUAAGUGAAAUAUAACGAAGAAAAGUUAGUUACUAAUAACAAAAAUAUUCUGUGGACUGGCGAUAUCUAAAAUGCAAGUCCUAUUAUCCAUAUUUAGCUAUUUGGUAAAGCGUCAGAUUAUUACUUAUUGGUCUAAUAGCAAAA